UAUAUCCGAGGCGUCCCUGAAGGCACCACGGGUUAUCACCACCACCAUCACACAGUCACAGCGUCUCAUCAUCCACCACCAAGGUGUCACUCUAGGCAGCUAACUCACAGUCUUACCCUGCGUUUAAUUCAACCAUUUUGAUACACAUUUCUUGCUCGACAUCUCUGGACUUCUUGGUACCAUGAAGGUAAUCAGGGGAAUCCGGGUUUUGGUGGUUUUCUUGGUGCUUUCUGCGUCUCUGCUGUGCACAGCCGAAGCGGCCAGGAGCAGGACCAGCAACCAGAACAGCUUCCGACGGGCAGCUAACGGCAUCUACCAGACCCUGAGCAGUGUGUUCGGAGAGGACAACAUCAGAGGCUUGUACAAGUUUUUCUCCAAAACGACAGAGCGGUUUGUCCAUGGAGUGGACUCUUUUCUCGACACCAUCUGGAAGAUCUGGUCAGAUCUGCUGGAUGUGAUGGGCAUCGACUCGGCAAACCUCAGCCACUACUUCAGCCCCACAUCUCUCACCAACUCUCCGGCACGUGCCUUGCUCCUGGUGGCUGCUGUACUUGUGGCCUACUGGUUCCUCUCCAUGUUCCUGGGGGGUUUCUUCUACCUGCUGCACGCUGUGUUUGGACGCUUCUUCUGGCUGGCACGCGUCACGCUUUUCGCCCUGUCCUGCCUGUACAUCCUGCAGAAGUUUGAGGGCGACCCUGAGCGUGCGGUGCUGCCACUUUGCUUCAUCAUGGCGGUGUACUUCAUGACAGGGCCUGUGGGAGCGUACUGGCGUCGGGGAGGUGGGGCAGGUUCACUGGAAGAGAAGAUCGACCACCUGGACACUCAGAUCAGGCUGCUUAACAUCAGGCUGAGCCGCGUCAUAGACGGCCUGGAGCGCACCGGGGAGCAGUAGAUCUCUCCCCAAACACACCCAGUUCAUCUCUGCAGUAACCACCUCCCUCCCCAGGUAGCCCAUAUAGCCAAAGUCAUUUGGGAUUUUCUUGCAUGCUGUUUUUAUGUUACAUUAUAUACAUGUUGUUGACUGCAUAGGUAGAGAACCCUUCCGAAAUGUGAUGUGUGAUGUGAUGAGUUAGUCAGAAGUUUAAUUAUAUUAGGGAUUUGUAUUGUCUUAUUUUUCUGUAUUGCAGUCAACAUUUGCACUGAUGACUACUGUAUAGACCAAAUUAUGUCACUUACAAGAGUAAACUGGACACAAACCAACUGAAUUCAUCUCUGACAUGUUGGGAAAUCUUAAUAUGUGUAAAGGUAAAGCUGACUUGAAAGAGGGGCUUGAUGCCGGUGUCUUGUAGUGUGUGGUUAGUGUGAAGCCAAUGACCUGUGUAUGUUUUACUAAUGACAGCAUGUGUGAUUUAUGAAGGUGUUAAUUGAAUAGUAAUAGUCAUGUAUGAUAUUGAAGGAAGGUUUUCUAAUGGAUCAUGGCAUUAAAGUUGGAGUUAGGAUUUUAAAAGAUUCAGGGUUUUGAGGGGUGCUUAUCAGGUGUCGUAUUUUAGACACUGAAAACUGAAGGACGAGGAGUUUUCUUCAGAUUGCGCACAAGUUCUCUAACACUGUUUUUAUUAAUUAUUUCUAGCAUCACAAAAAUGUCAGUUUAUGAGACGAAAACCAGCUUGAAAACACAGAAACUGUAUAAUUAAAAGGUGCCACUAGCCAGGCCUACUCAUGUACCACUUGUCAUUACCACUUGGAUGUUGAAAGAUGGAUCUUUCAGCACUGGAUUGAAUGCUACAUUCAGAUAUUUAUUCUCUGUUGAAACUGCCUGUUGAAUGGCUAGGAAUUCCAUUAUUUAAAUGUACUGUAUCCUACUUAUUCCUAUUAUUCCAUGUAGUUUGCUUUUUAUGACAUGCUGUGCCAAUAAUGUAUAUAUUUUUGUUCUGUUCAAUUUUGUAUUUGUUGCUUUUUUUCAUUUCAUCAAUAUCUUUAGACUUUUUUUUAUCAGAAUAUUUCUUUACUUCAGUGAUAUGGCAAGCGCCAAACUGUCCUGCCUGCUUCUUGUCUGUGUGAGUAUGUCUAUCAAAACCUGUUGAUGGCUAAAUGGUUCUUUUUUUGUCAGUGAAAAUGAGGUCCAGAUUUGAAUAAAUUAAACACCACAGUAUGACAAAGUC